AGAGCACUAAGUCCUACUUCCUUGUCGUAAACGGCAUAUUCAUGCUUGACUAAGAGCACUUUCAGGAGCAACUGUUUGAACGUCUACGGAGAACGUGACAAGGAGCAAGACUUCUGACUCGUCAUUGAGCCUAAGUUCCUCGACAAGUUCUCCAAACUCACUCAAAGACUUCGUCGUCCUACUGUCGCUCUUGAUUCCACCAAUGGCCCUUGGAUCACGUUUAUGAAGUUGAGAUUGGAUCGAGGACUAGCUAAAUUGUUUGAAGCUACCUCUCUGGAUGAAGCCUUGGCCUCCAGUUCCAGUCCCACCACUCUAAAGUUCGAUCAGCCUGAGAAUUCGGUGGCGCCAUACCCAGAGUAUGAAUCUGGAUGGUGGGACACCUUCUUGCCCAAAGCAAAACAAGAAUCUCUUGUAUAGAACUUUGUCUCUUUUUUUUUUGUCAUUUGUCAGAAUCCAGCAGCUUUGUCUUAGUGCUUUCUAGUUGUAUUACUGAGCUUCUUGUGUUACCGUGUACUCCAAACAUGUAUGCAACUCAUUUGAGUCUAGU